CCGCCGCCAUCCCAGGUGCGCUCGGUCCCCCGCCGGCCUGUGGUUCGUCCCUCCCUCCGAUCCCCGCCGCCCGCCAUGGCGACCGCGACCCCCGUGCCGCAGCGGGCGGGCAGCCGCGCCAGCGCCCCCUCCACGCCGCUCAGCCCCACGCGCCUGUCGCGGCUGCAGGAGAAAGAGGAGCUGCGCGAGCUCAACGACCGCCUGGCGGUGUACAUCGACAAGGUGCGCAGCCUGGAGACGGAGAACAGCGCGCUGCAGCUGCAGGUGACCGAGCGCGAGGAGGUGCGCGGCCGGGAGCUCACCGGCCUCAAGGCGCUCUACGAGACCGAGCUGGCCGACGCACGCCGCGCUCUCGACGACACGGCCCGAGAGCGCGCCAAGCUCCAGAUCGAGCUGGGCAAGUUCAAGGCCGAGCACGACCAGCUGCUGCUCAAUUAUGCUAAGAAGGAAUCGGAUCUUAAUGGAGCCCAGAUGAAGCUUCGAGAGUAUGAGGCGGCACUGAACUCUAAGGAUGCAGCGCUGGCUACUGCCCUUGGUGAUAAAAAGAGUUUAGAGGGAGAUUUGGAGGAUCUGAAGGAUCAGAUUGCCCAGCUGGAAGCAUCUUUAUCCGCUGCUAAAAAGCAGUUAGCAGAUGAAACUUUACUUAAAGUGGAUUUGGAGAAUCGUUGUCAGAGCCUUACUGAGGACUUGGAGUUUCGUAAAAAUAUGUACGAAGAGGAGAUCAAUGAGACAAGGAGGAAGCACGAGACCCGUUUGGUGGAGGUGGACUCUGGGCGUCAGAUUGAGUAUGAGUACAAGCUGGCGCAGGCUCUGCAUGAGAUGAGAGAGCAGCAUGACGCUCAAGUGAGGCUGUACAAGGAAGAGCUGGAGCAAACCUACCAUGCCAAGCUGGAGAAUGCCAGACUGUCCUCAGAGAUGAACACUUCCACUGUCAACAGUGCCCGGGAAGAACUGAUGGAGAGCCGCAUGAGGAUCGAGAGCCUCUCCUCACAGCUUUCUAACCUGCAGAAGGAGUCUAGAGCGUGUUUGGAAAGGAUUCAAGAAUUGGAGGACAUGCUUGCUAAAGAGAAAGACAACUCUCGCCGCAUGCUGUCUGACAAAGAGAGAGAGAUGGCGGAGAUAAGGGACCAGAUGCAGCAGCAGCUGAACGACUAUGAACAGCUGCUUGACGUGAAGCUGGCCCUGGACAUGGAGAUCAGCGCCUACAGGAAACUCUUAGAAGGCGAGGAAGAGCGGUUAAAGCUCUCUCCAAGUCCUUCCUCCCGGGUGACCGUGUCCCGAGCAUCGUCUAGCCGCAGUGUCCGCACCACUCGGGGGAAGCGGAAGAGAGUUGAUGUGGAGGAGUCGGAGGCCAGCAGUAGUGUUAGCAUCUCCCACUCGGCCUCAGCCACCGGCAACGUGUGCAUUGAAGAGAUCGAUGUUGAUGGCAAGUUCAUCCGCUUGAAGAACACUUCCGAACAGGAUCAACCAAUGGGAGGCUGGGAGAUGAUCAGAAAAAUUGGAGACACAUCUGUCAGUUACAAAUAUACCUCAAGAUAUGUGCUGAAGGCAGGCCAGACCGUUACAAUAUGGGCUGCAAAUGCUGGAGUCACAGCCAGUCCUCCAACUGACCUCAUCUGGAAGAACCAGAACUCUUGGGGCACUGGUGAAGAUGUGAAGGUUGUACUGAAAAAUUCUCAGGGAGAGGAGGUUGCUCAGAGAAGUACAGUCUUUAAGACAACCAUACCUGAAGAGGAAGAGGAGGAGGAAGAGCCCAUUGGAGUGGUUGGUGAGGAGGAGCGUUUCUACCAGCAGGGAGCCCCAAGAUCAUCCAAUAGAAGCUGUGCCAUUAUGUGAAGCUGUCACUCACCUGUCUUUGGAGACAGAAGCAUGGUAAUCCUGGAUACAGUGCAGAGCCUUCUCAGAAGCACAGCAUAUUUUUGUAUUUCCUUUAUGUGAAUUUUUAAGCUGCGAAUCUGAUGGCCUUAAUUUCCUUUUUGACACUGAAAGUUUUGUAAAAGAAAUCCUAUCCAUACA